CCCGUUGAGUGUGGUCGUGUUCGUUAAGAUAUUGUUUGGUGUUGUGAUACCUUUAAAAAUGUCCUUUUUUAUAUUCCCUUUAAUAUUUUAAUUUUCUAUUGAAUUACUUAUAGUGCUAUUUAUUGAUUUCUUUGAGUUAUGUGAUGGAAUAGAAUAGUACAGUGCUGUGAAAAAGUUUUUAAGAUUUAUUUUUAAACAUAGCUACGCCCCAUCCCUUGUUUCUCCUGUUGCUUUGUUUUUUUCCGAUUACACUUGUGUCGUGUUAGAAUGUUAUUUGUCGGACAAAGAGUUGACUUUGAGAAAUUCAGUGAGUGCAGAAAUACCAGCAGUGCUAGGAUAUAGGAAGGAUGGAAGACCCACAGUCGAGUUUGAACCUUGAUGAGGAUGAUAUAGAGCAUUUAAUCGAUCAGCAACUGAUGAAGGAUAUAGAGGCCGUGAUGUCUGGAAGACGUAUUGACGAGACAACCGGCGAGCUGACGACAGCACCGCUCGGAGAAGAGUACAUCAUGCCCAAGUUGCAAAGUGUGAAACCUGAACCACUUGUUGAUCAUUAUUAUGAUGUGCCAAACGAGAGUCGAAUUCUGCCUAAGAAUCACAGGGACAGGAUUAUUCUUAGGAACUUCAUGCGCGGAUGCAGAACCAAUCCGUAUCCCGAACGUGGCUCCGUUAUAAAAGUAAAACUAUCAGAGAGCGUGGAGGAAAUAAAAAUGGAUGGAGGGAAAACUAAGGAUCUAGUCGUCGAAAAACAUAUCCAAUUGGAUUAUGAAACCGGAGUAUGGGCUCGCAUCAAGAUCUACCGCGAUCUCCACGGCAUGGUAGUGCCAACGCCGAUCUUGCCAUCAAAAAGUAAUAAGCGAAAAAGGAAUUAAAAAAAAUUGUCAUUUAAUUGGCCAGUUACUUAUAUAUACGAUAAUAAAAUG